UAUCCUGACACGCCUCACGGAUCUGCCGAGAUGUAACGGGCUCACGUUCCAGUACUUGAUCGCUCCCUCGCAUGGAUCGAUUGAUUACCGAUGUUUUCUCCCAACCAGCGAGAAAUCAAAGCCUAUGAGCGUCAGUCCAUGGAGCCCCAAGCCGAUGAGGUGAUAUAUACUCUGCUUCUGUUCGCUGAUCCACCAUGUGGAUGAAUGGAAUCGGUUUGCUAGACUCCCUCCAACCACAACCAUCAUGCACAUCCGCGAUCAAUUCUACAGCGCCACGGAGCUAAAAGGCUCAAAGGGGGUAAUCGAAAAGGUUGAGCGGGUUGACAGCAAUGAAUCCGAUGAGCAAGUUCUUGGGACCACCAACUUGUACCAAGAUGGAAAGCUUCAAUGUGUGCCGAUGCCAACGCCAGAUCCGAAAGACCCCCUAAACCUCCCAAGAUGGCGAAGAUGGAUGGCGAUUAUAUCGCUUUGUUUCUUUGGGGCGCUGGCUCUCUCCGCCGAGACCAUUGUCGGUGCUCUGAUUCCCGUCUUUGUCCUCGAGUAUGCGGGACAAGACCCGAAAAUCUUGGGCUCUCUCGCGGGAUUCCCUCCAGACCCGUCUGGCAUCGUGCCUUCAAGCGCCGUGGAUCAGCUCGCCGGUCUCGGAGGGCCCCCCAUCUGGAAGGUUUCGUUACUGUCGUCCCUGCCGAUCCUCACCAACGGGAUCAGCAGUUAUUUUCUGGUUCCCGCAUCCAUUGCCAUUGGUCGACGUCCAGUCCUUCUCUUGUGUGGGGUAAUGGCGUGGGCUGGUGGCGUUUGGGCCGGUCUCAGUCAUUCGCUCGAUAGCCAUCUCGCGGCCAGGUGCUUUCAAGGGCUGGGCGCCGGCGCCGUGGAAGCCUUGAUUCCACUUGUGGUGCAAGAUUUGGUCUUCAUUCAUCAUCGCAACCGCGCAAUGGCUGGCAUCUGGGCAGCACAGGGCGUCAUCAUUAUUUGCCUAGGCAUCGGGUCGCCGAUCAUAGUUGUAACCACAGGCUGGCGGCUGUUGUAUUUCCUUACUGCAGGCUUGACCGCCGGCGCAUGGCUCAUGGUGGCGGCGUUCGUCCCAGAAUCUCGCUUCCCACGGAGUCCAGCCGAGCUCAGCGGCAAAUCCCUUUAUCCCCUCGCACCUGGCGAGCCGCGCCCUGCGUUGGACUACAGCCAAUUCGGUCCCCGGACUCUCGGAACCGACUUCGGUAUCAUGAAUUUUGGAUAUCAAUUCAAAGAAGCGGGACAAUCGAUGCUUGACACCGUUCGCACUAUGGUCUUCCCGAACAUGAUCUGGGCCAUUCUAGUCAAUAGCGCCAUCAUCUCCAUCUACAAUGCCGCAGCGCAAACCGGUUCCACCGUCUUGCUUGCUGCUGGCUGGGAGUUCCGGAAGAUCGGUCUGGCGGUCAUCCCCAUCAUGGUAGCGACCCCGUUCGUCUUCCUCAUCAGCGGUUUCUUCGCCGACAAGGUCUCCAACUGGCAUGCGAAGCGGAACGGCGGCCGCCGCGAGCCCGAGGCCCAUUUGCUGAGCCUCGUCCUCCCUCUGCUCAGCGGUGCGACCGGAUGCAUCGCGUUCGGGUACGCCGGCGAGCACAUCUACACGUCGCAUUGGUCGGUGCUUCUAAUCGGUACCUUCUUGCUGGCGUUUAGCUUCCUCAGCGUGAACACUAUCGCCGCCGUGUUCGUGGUGGAAAGCUACCCUCAAUGGGCCGGCCCCGUGCUCGUCAACGUCUCCAGCUUCCGCUGCAUCGUCGGCUUUGCCAUGUCGUUCCGGGCUACCACUUGGAUUCAGGCGCGCGGUUAUUUGGGUUGCUUUGCGAUCUAUGCCGGCAUUCUUGGCUUUCUGACGCUGGUUAUGCCGCUCGUGUAUAUUUAUGGAAAACGGAUUCGUGCAUGGACGGCGGGUAACGUGCCAACAAGAGGUGUUAAGACCUGAGCCGACUUUCAGGUCGUGAUGGAGUUUUGACGGGGCAACAUCUAGACAGCUGGACAUGUCGCGAUAGAUAGGUAUGGAUAUCAGUCAUCCAGGGGUAAUAUUAGCUCGGGGUGAAUAGGUCCGGGAAUUGAUGUGUAUAUCUGAUAUCCAUAUAUUUAUAAACGAGUCAACCAUUAUUACCACCUCCGGCG